AUGAUGGAAACCGAGAAAACCCCGUCGAUUGAGCCAAUGGACACUGAUUCGCCCGCUCCAACACGAGGUUCUCUCUUGACUCUCAUGUCUCGACCAUCGCGAUUUGGCAAUGAUUCAGGAGCACUCCCCAUUGGAGAAUUUGAACCAAUCGCAAAAUCAUCCGGUGUGACCACUGCGGAUUUACCAGAUUCGGCGCUUUCCCAAUCCAAGAUUUUGGUGGUCGGUGCUGGAGGCUUGGGCUGCGAAAUCUUGAAGGACUUGGCCAUGUCGGGAAUGCCCAAUGUCCAUGUCAUUGAUUUGGACUCGAUUGAUGUCACCAACUUGAAUCGUCAAUUUCUCUUUCGUCAAAAGGAUGUGGGAUCCUCCAAAGCCAAAGUAGCUGCAGAAUUCAUCAACAAGCGGUGCCCGUGGAUGAAUGUCGUUGCUCAUCAUGGAAAGAUUCAAGAUAAAGAUCCAUCCUUUUACAAGUCUUUCAAUGUCAUUGUUUCCGGAUUGGACAAUGUAGAAGCUCGUCGUUGGUUGAAUGCUACUGUUUGCGGUUUGGUCGACAUUGACGAAGAUGGAGAUCCGGAUCCAUCCACUAUCAUUCCUAUCAUUGAUGGUGGUACCGAAGGAUUUUCAGGACAAGCUCGUGUUAUUUUACCACGAAUUACUAGUUGCUUUGAAUGUUCCUUGGAGGCUUUUCCGCCACAAAGAAGUUUCCCACUGUGUACCAUUGCCGAAACACCCCGUCGACCCGAGCACUGCAUUGCUUACGCAUUCAUCUUGGAAUGGCCCAAGCAAUUUCCCGAAAAGAAACUCGAUAAAGACAGUCCUGAUGAUAUGAAAUGGGUCUACGAGAAGGCAUUAGAACGAGCCAAAAAGUACAAUAUUGAAGGCGUCACCUACAUGCAUACUAUGGGAGUCGUAAAGACAAUCAUCCCUGCCGUUGCUAGUACAAACGCCAUUGUUUCCGCUGCUUGUGUAGGCGAGGCUGUCAAGAUCUUGACCUUUUGUUCCCAAACACUCAACACCUACAUGAUGUAUAUGGGAUCGGAAGGUGUCUACAGCCACACCUUUGUCUAUGAAAAGAAGCACGAUUGCGCCGUGUGUAGCACCGAGACUCACAAGAUUGAAAUGUCAAAAGAAGCAACCUUGAAUGAGUUAAUUCAAAUCUUGCGUGAAGGAGAUUUGCGACUUGGUGCUCCUAGUAUGACUACGUCCAACAAGACUCUGUACAUGCAAAAGCCACCAGCCUUGGAAAAGGCUACCCGAAAGAAUUUGGACAAACCAGUCUCGUCUUUGAUUGACACCGAUGAAGAAAUUGUGGUUACUGACCCAAUUUUGCAGAGUAUCAACCUUUCGCUUGCCAUCUCCUUCCAAUAA